UUAGAAUGAGCGACGACACGGACUCUCCUCCCGAGAGGGAGAUGAAGGAUUUUCAAUUUCGACAUAUGAAGAAAGUCCGAGUUUUCCAGGCGCCCGAGGACUUGCCAAGGGAACGGUCCAAUCUGCUUGCCAUCUCCAACAAGUUUGGAUUGACCUUUGUUGGGCUUAACAACACAUUUAAAGUUUACCGAACAGUAGACAUACUGGCUGCUGAUAAAGUGGAUGGAAAUCCCAAUGAAAUAGUUGAUGGGGUAUCACCCGUGGCGGAGGUGACUGCUGAGCUGGCUGUGCACCACUUGGCCCUCAGUUGUGAUGACCUCACACUGUCAGUGUGUGGCGUCUCUGAAGCGGCGGCUUUAUCUCUUACUUUCUAUGAUGUCCGUACUUUUUUGAACAAGGCGAGACCACAGAAGUUGCCAUUUGCAUCCUUCCGGGCUUCUGUUGGCACUGUGGUGCAAGACCUAAAGUGGAAUCCUGCUCAGGCCUCCACCGUGGCUGUCUGCCUGUCUGACGGUAGUAUGAUGAUCUUAGACGUUACAGACAGCGUCAAAGCUCAGGCUCAGCUCCCUGCUUCAAGUGGCAUCACCUGCCUUUGCUGGAGUCCAAAAGGAAAGCAAGUCGCUGCAGGAAAAAUGAAUGCUACUGUCAGUCAGUAUACACCAUUAUUAGAAGAGAAAAAAGUCAUCCCGUGUCCACACUUUUACACAUCUUCACCUGAUGAACCUGUCAAAGCUCUGGACGUGUUGUGGCUGAAAACCUUUGUGUUCGCCGUGGUGUACGCUGCUGCAGACGGAUCCCUGGAGACCCCGCCUGACCUUGUGCUGAUUUCCCUUCCUAAAAAGGAUGAGAAAGUGGAAACAAAGUAUCUGAACUUCAGUGACACGGUGUACGGUAACUGCACGGAGCGACUGCACCACUACUUCCUCAGUCAUGUGGAGGACUGGGACCUUGUAUUUGCAGCAUCUGCAGCUUCCAUUGAGGUCAGCGUCAUAGCCAGACAAGAUGACAAGACCUGGGAACUUUGGGUCCUCGAAGAUGCCAGCAGGGCGGAGCUUCCAGUUACGGAGACAAGUGAUGACACCCUCCCUCUUGGUGUAGCCAUAGACUUCACCAGCCAACAGGAGAUCUACAUCACUGAUGAGAAGACUUUGCCCCCGGCACCUACCUUACUGAUGUUGUCCACCGAGGGUAUCCUCUGUCCGUUUGCUCUUCUUAACCUCAACCCUGGGGUCAAACAGCUGGUGACACAGCCUGGACCGUUACCUCUGGAGGGAGAGAGAACGCCAAAGCCAGGUUCAUUGUCAACCCAGCCACCAAAACCUCCACCAUCUUCCUUCCCCACUGCCUCCUCCACAUUUUCAAACCUCGGUCUCAUGUCCACAGCUACUUCCACCGUAGCCUCUUCCUCUGCUCCAUUUAGCUUUGUCAACGCUGCUCCGGUGUCGUCGUCUUCAUCGGCUUUCGCCUUCUCAGUCCCAAGUACCAUCGCCACAUCAGCAACGUCAGCGUUCUCCUUCGGGGCAACUUCUGCUACGCCCUUUGGCUCAGGAUCCUUGGGAUCAGGAGCCUUGGGAUCAGGAGCGUUGGGUUCUGGAGCCUUGGGUUCUGGAGCCUUGGUUUCUGGAGCUUUGGGAUCAGGAGCCUUGGGAUCAGGAGCCUUGGGAUCAGGAUCCUUGGGUUCUGGAGCCUUGGGUUCUGGAGCCUUGGGCUCCGGAGUAUUGGGUUCUGGAUCCUUGGGCUUUUCCUUUGCCUCCAAGCCUCCCUCUGACACUCCUUCUGCUCCCUCUGCGUUUUCCAUCAGCACCCCUUCCAUCAAACCCCCAGCGGUGGCACCGGCAGCUUCAACUCUGCAGAGUCUUGUCGCUGCCUCCCCUCCAACUGUGAAGUUGAAUCUAAAUGAAAGGUUCUCAGCAUUGGAGACCCCACCACAGGCCCCACAGUCUUUCUCCUUCACUCCACAACUGUCCAAACCCCUUGUGUCCAAUACAAGCAGUUUGACAGCGCCUGCUCCGUCAGCGACUAAACCACCGGCCGUGCUAACCCCAGUAUGUCCAGUCCAGGCCAGCACACCAGCUCCAGUACAGAAGCCACUUGCUGCUGCCCAGAGUCAAGUCCAGGCUCCACAGGCACCUGCGCCAAGUACCAAGGCAGUGGAGAAACAACCACAACAAAAGAAAGAGUCGGAUCAUAUCAUGGCUGGUAUUUUGGAAGAGAUCGCACACUUCCAGAUGGAGCUGGACGACCUAAAGGCACGAAGUGCAAAAUCAGACUUUAAGGUUGGAACCUCAGACGAAAUGAAGGAGUUGAGGAAAGAGUCUGAAGACCUUCACGUUUUCACCUUGGAGAUUAAAGAAACUACUGAGUCUCUCCAUGGGGACAUCGGCACUCUGAAGACCACCUUACUUGAAGGUUUUGCGGGCGCAGAAGAAGCCGUGGCUCAGAGUGAACUGAGCAGAGACAAAAAUUACAGACAGCUGUUGUACAAAAAACCUCUAGACCCACGCAGUGAAGAACGUCUCAAGGAGAUUCGCAGAUUGUACCAGUACGUUACAUUUGCUGUCGAAGAUGUCAAUGACGUUUUGAAUGUGGAAUGGGAGAAACAUUUGGAGAAGAAGAAAAAGCUCAAACACAUGGUGGUGCCGGGCCGUGAGAGUCUGUUCAACACGCUGGCCAAUAACCUGUACAUCAUCAACCAGCAGAAGACCAGACUGGAUCAGUUGGUUAAAGAGUUGACUUCAAUGCUGCUGUACAACAACACCGCAGCAGAUACAAUCAAUGACACUGCUGCAGCGACAACAGCCUGCAGUUUGGAAAGUGAGCUCGAGAGUUUGAGGGAUUCACUGCUCAAGGCCAGACUGGACACGACUCCCCCCAAGGCUAAAUCACCAUCUACGGUCAAGAUAACACCAGCCAAACAGUCGCAGCUGCGUAACUUUUUAUCAAAGGGACAGAUGCCUCCUGUUCGCUCAACUGCACCAGCCAACCUGUCUCGAUCAGCCUUCCUUUCUCCUAAAUACUAUGAGGACUUGGACGAUGUGAGCUCCACGUCCUCCCUGUCCCAGUCCCUGGAACCUAACGCAGCUCAUUUGGAAAUGGAGGAGGAGGAGGAGGAACUACAGUCAGAACCUCUCCCCAUGACGGUCUUACCCCCUGUGCUCGCAGUCUCCCGCCACCCGACUGUUGUGAGGACCCCGUCUAUUCAGCCAGGCUUUGGGGCGAUCCAGUCCACUCCUUUGAAUAAACUUCAGUCAGUCCAAGGUCUUGGCUUUGGCCUCAGCCCUAUUGCCAGUCCAGUUCCAACCAAUAAGAUCAACCUGAGUGGAGCUGACAGCACCGCUCUGGCCACAAAGACAGUAAAACAUGGAGCUCCGCCAAACGAGAGAACUGUCCCCGUCACCAUCUCUGCCCAGCAGGCUGCAGCGACUGCUGCUCUACGCAGACAGAUGGCCAAUCAGAAGACAGCUGUGAGCGCUUCCCUGACCGAGUCAACUCUGAAGACGGUUCCUCAAGUGGUCAAUGUCCAAGAACUGAGUGAGAAGGCUCCGUCUGCGGCGCUGUCCAACGUCAUCAGCCCUUCUGUCUCUGAUCCAGCAGCUCAAGCCUUUGCAGCAGUUUCUUCUGCUCAAACUAAACGAAAUCCUGUACAAGCAGUCCAGACUGUGUCCGCUGAUACUACAGCCCCCCAACAGACAGGCUUUGUAUUUGGUCAGUCCUCCAGGUCUGACGUCUCUGUGGUUUCUACUACAACAACAGAGCAAAGUAGCAUCAAAGGUUUCUCCUUCUCCACAUCAGGGUCCUCAGGCUUCAGUUUCGCUUCAGUUUCUCAGGGCUCAGGGGUAUCACAAGUUAAGGAUGUUAAUAAAUUUUCCUUUAGUGGAAAUGGCAAGAUGGUUUUUGGACAGACCAGCGAGGACACGUUCUCCUUCGCCCCAAAAUCCACCUCCCCAGCUCUUCGCAAUGGAUCUCCCAGUCUGCCUCCGAACCAACCUGGAGAAGCAGCCAAGGCUGCCUCUACAACAACUGCCCUCAGGGUAGAGCCACAGCCCUCCAAGACAAUUGGAGGAGAAACGCUGGGCUGUUUCUCUGGACUACGUGUAGGCCAAGGGGAAGAAGCCAAAGACGGUGCCAGCAAACCCUCUGCUGCAGCAUUUACCUUCGGAGACAGCGCGUUUGGGGUUAGCAAGGGAGCAACGCAGUUUAGCUUUGGUGCUGGUGUCCAUAAAUCUGCAGAAGAUUCAUCAGGACCGGACUUGUCUAAAGUGUCAGUGUCUCGCAGUUUGUUCAAACCUCCUGAAAACAGUACGAAGCCCGCCUUCUCUGUGCCCCAGGCCAACUCGGCUCUCUCCGCUUUACCUACGUCUUUGAGCAGUCUUCUCGCAGCGUCUUCAGACUCAUCGGAAGACCCCAAAGCUCCGUCACAACCGACGCAGACCACACCGCUCCCUGAAAAAGUACCUGCUGGUGAACCCUCUGUGGAGACGACAACAGCAGCCUCGGUCAAACCCGUGUCUGCAGUAGCUCCUGAAAGUACAGAGUCCACGGCCGUCAAACCAACACCAGCAGUGGUCGAAGCAGCGCCAUCACCUGCUCCCACAUUGACUACAACUACCCCCGCCAUAGACGCUCCUCCCCCCUACGUCGCACCUCAAGAAACCCCAAACCCUCCACCAGUGAUUGCUGCUCCCUCGGUAGAAUCCACAGCAGAUGCCACCAUCACCACCGCCAACCUCGCCAUCAUCAACCAUCCUGUGACGACGGCAGCUUCUACCUUCGCCGUAGUACCAGCAGCUUUUCAGGUUCCCUCCUCUGACAAACCAGGUUCCAUAUUUACCCAACCUCCCCCAGUAACGACAGACACCAGCUCCAUCGGAGUCACAUCGGUUAUUACCACAGUCGUCACGCCUGCCACACCUACCCCCACCCUGACUACAACUACUACCACAGGCACUGUUUUUGGCCAGUCUGCUGCACCUCCAGCUUCCUCAGGUCCUGCACUGACAGGAUUCCCUUCAUCUGGGUUUGGGUCUACCUCAGGAAACGCUUUUGGCAAACCUGUGUUUGGGCAGGUGAGUGGCUUCGGACAGCCUGCCGGUAACACUGCGACGGCCGGUGGCUUUUCUUUUGGACAGUCAGGCUUUUCAGCAAACCCCAUUAGUACGACUACAGGAGGAGGAGCAGGAGCAGGAGGUCUUUUUGGUGCACCUACUGCCAGCAACGCAAGUUCCUUUUCUUUUGGCACCAGCAGUGCAAACACAGCCAGUAGCCCCGGCACGGGACUGUUUGGAGGAAGCACCAGCCAAGGAUUUGGCCAGAACUCGGGAUUCGGGCAGGGCUCUGUGUUUGGGAACAACACUACCACGUCGUCAUCAUCGUCGUCAGGAUUCAGCUUUGGACAACCUUCAGCCUUCGGAUGCUCUUCUGCCACACCUGUGUUUGGCCAACAGCAGAGCAGUGGCAGUGUGUUUGGACAGCCUCCAUCUGGGGGCGGUGUGUUUGGCUCAGGUUCAGCCAACACUGCGUCCCCAUCGUCCUCAGGGUUCUUCAGUGGCCUCGGAGGAAAGCCGUCGGAGGACGCCGCCAACAAGAACCCUUUUAGCCCCACUGCUUCUGCCGGGGCGUUUGGACAACCUGCCCAGACAGGUACCAACACUCUGUUUGGAAAUAGUGGAGCCAAAGCCUUCGGUUUUGGACAGUCCUCCUUUGGUGAGCAGAAACCAUCGGGAACCUUCAGCACAGGUGGAGUCAGUGUCGCAUCCCAGGGCUUUGGCUCCUUCUCCACUCCGACUAAAGCAGCCGGAUUCGCCAGCGCCCCGGUGUUUGGGAGUCCCCCUGCUUUUGGUGCUUCCCCAGCAUUUGGAGGAUCAGCGACGUUUGGCUCCAGCCCGACCUUCCCCGGCCAGAUGGGCCCCUCAGCUGGGAAAGUGUUUGGAGAAGGAACAGCAGCCGCCAACAUGGGUGGAUUUGGGUUCGCUUCUCCUCAAGCAACACCAUCCUUUGGGGCUCUAGCCAAUCAGGGCACUUCGUCAUUCGGGGGCUUGGCUCAGCAAAGCCCUGGGUUUGGAAGUCAGCCCAGCAGCUUCUCUGGGUUUGGACAGCCGCCGCCGCAGCCACAGCCACAGCCACAGCCACAGGGCGGAGGCUUCCCCACACCUACAUUUGGAUCUUCAAACCAACCACAAGGUCCACAAACAUUCAGCAGUUGGAGAAGCUAAUUUUCCUCAAACCUCCCACGGAAUAUUCUGCAGUCAGGUCCAUCGUGCCACGGUGCACGGACGUCCUGUUGUGUUUGGGUUAAAGUGUAAAUAAGAGCAAAUCACUCUUUUGAAACUUUUCAUGUUUUAAAUAAAACAGACGGUUCACAGAAUAGUCUGCAUGCUGUCAAUACCUUCAUCAGACACUAGAGGGAAAAUAAAAACCAUUCAGAAAUGUUUGAAGAUCAUGAUAAAAUAUAUAUAUUUUUUUUUUCUUGUCAGUAAAUCAGUCUUUAUAAUCCACGACGACAGUGCCUUCUCAUCGGCUUCACGAUCUUCAUUUUUCUUUGGUUAAAUGUUAGCGUGUCGUCUCAGCAGGACGUCCGUACACUGAUGAUAAAUGUGACGAAAACUAUUUUAAAUUCAAUACAUAAAAUUUUGCUCAAUGUAAACAAAAAAAAACGAUUAUUUUUAACAACAUUUUGCUGUACAUCUGUUCUUGAUUAUUUUAUAUGCAGAAAUAAAUCAAAUGUAGGAUUGUCUG